GAAUGCUUCGCAACAGCUAUUUUGUUUCGUGUUUAUUUCUCCUUCUAAUUGCUUACUUAUUCAUAAUAGGACUGCUUAUCCAGUCCAUCAUGUUUACUGCGACUACCGUUAUUCGUCAAGUUAGAACUACAGUCCCAUUAGGGCUUCGAAUAACCUCUGCGCGUUCCAAACAUUUUCUAGCUAAUGUACCGUUAAAGAAGCGAGGGGCUGACAAUGUAUCUUCCGACGAAUUGAAAGGAAAGAUGAUAUUGCUUUACUUCUCUGCGGGAUGGUGCCGGUCGUGUAAAAUGUUCACACCUAAGCUCAAGAAGUUUUAUGAAGAACUAGACGAAGAGAAGCGCAAAGAUAUUGAUGUGGUUUGGAUUUCUCGGGACAAGGAAGCUCCUGAUCAGUUAGAAUACUACGAGAAAGCCAUGCCGGCCUGGUACUACAUCCCAUUUGGAGAUCAGAACAUUCAAGGCUUCGUGGAAAAGUACGGCGUUAAAGUUAUCCCCGCUUUAAAGCUAGUAAACGAUAACGGAGAAGUGCUGGAUGAUAGAGUUCGCUCAGAUGUUGAGGGAUGCUCGAAGGGGGAUGCGUCCAAGUGCUACGAUAAAUGGAAAAAGGAGUUUUAACCAGCUCGCUAUGUUUGCGUUUAUAGGAUUAUAUAAAGCAUUGUAGAUUAGAAGUGACUGAAGAGUUUCACACAAUUGUAGCAAGUUGAUACACUUCCAACUUUGACAUCAUACUCCUUACUGAUUGCGUUUCAAAAAUCAUUCUCUAUUGAAGAAUAACUUGUCGAUAAGAUAUUUCCGAUUUUGCUAGAUAAACAUAUCAGAUAA